GAAGCUUUUAAAACUGCCAAAGCUCACAGACUACCUGCAGGAUGGCGCUGAAAGUCAAGAAGCCUGAGAAGACAACCUGGAGGUUUGGUUUGGACUGCACUCAUCCAGCAGAAGACGGAGUUUUUGAUUCCGCAAAUUCUGAGCAGCUUCUACGGGAGAAGGUUCAAGUCGGUGGGGAAACUGGAAAUCUUGGGAGAGCUUCUUACAAUGCAUGCUUUGCGAAUAAAAUCACAGUGGUUUCCGAGACACAGUUCUCUGAAAGAUGCCUGAAAUGUCUUACUGAGAAAUACCUUCAGAAGAGCAGUCCUCACGCUUGGCCUCGUGGGGUCGCACCUGACGAGGAGACUCGUGAGCUUUGUCACUUCCAGACUGGUCGAGAUGAGCAUGGGUCUCGGUUUGAGGGCCAGGGGACCCCAGCUGUUACAGGGCUUUGCUUACUAAUAAACAAAUGGAGCGCACAAGAGAAACAUCUAGUAAUGGACUUGUAGUUUACCAGUGAAUAUACAACACAGCGCUCUG